AUGGAUAAAAAACGUAUUUUGAUGCUGGGCGUUGCUUCGGCUUUGGUUACUAUAGGGGGUAUCAUACUAGCAGUGUUGCUGGAUCAGACAGGAGUGACAUUUGGCGAUGGUUACACACUAAACAACACUAACGCCACCUGGGAAAUCUCUGUUGAUAUGUUUCGAGGGAGAUUAUGGCCUUUAAGCCUAGUGUACAUCAUUCCAGGAUUCAUAGGUAUUGUUGGAGCAUUUCUCCAGAACAAGUGCAUGUGUGUGAUUACCUGUAUCUUUACGAUGCUUUCCCUGCUUAUAGCGGGCCUGUUUGCUAUCAUUACUGGCCUUAGUCUCAUUGUCUUCAUCUUCUCAGUCGGCAUUGUCUCGGAAAAUUGCAAAGAUGAGGAUGAUAUCUGCAAAUGCAGAAAUCCUGUUGAUACAUUCUUGUACGAGUAUAAAGACACACCAUUCAAGACUUGUGCUCAUUUGGAGAAGUUGAAAGCUCUAGUUACAGCAAUACUCGUCUUUAUUAUCCUGGCUUGGCUGGCUGAGCUAAUGGAAUUCAUCUUCUCCUGCUAUUUUUCCUGCCGCACUAAGGCUUAUAAACAAAAUUGUGAAUAUCUCCCACAGAAAACUGGUGGGGUGGUUUUGUCAACUCAGCAGCCGAUGCUACAGGGCACAGACAACAAAGAUUAUCCUCUGCCCACAAAAGUCUAA